AUGCUCAUUGCUCAUUCUUUUGCUCUGGUUCUUGAUCUUCUUCUCCGGGCGUUCUCUCUGUUCUUGCUUUUGUUCGUUAUGGCUUCUUCUGCUGCGUCCACUUCCGCUGAGGCCCAAAGUUAUGACAUAUGUUUUGAUUAUAUUGAAGAACUGAUCCAUAAGCAAGAGCCUUUGACAACAGUCCUACGCCUUCUAAUCUUAUUUUCUAUUACUAAUUCUGGGUUGCCAAAGAAGCAUUUUGACUACUUCAGGAGAGAACUACUCCACAGCUAUGGAUUUGAGCACAUAGCAAUGCUAAACAAUUUAGAGAAAGCUGGACUAUUCAAAAAGCAGGAGUCAAAAAGCAAUUGGCUUACUAUAAAACGUGCUCUGCAACUUGUGGUUGAAGACACUGAUACGGCCAAGUAAUUUCUUCUAAAUGAUGUGAUCCUUAGGCAUUUGUUUUUUUUUUUUUAAAUUAUAUCAAGUUCGCGGUCUCAAUUUAGAUCUUCUAUGUGAACAUGGUAAUGGGUAUGUUUGUGAAAGAAAUAAAAUAUGCUAUACAUAUUUUCAUUAAAUGAUAAAAAUAUAGAAUAAGCAUCCCAAAUCCUUAAUAUAUGCCCAUCAUUUUAAGGUUAAUUUGUUGUUGCAGGCUUCAAGCAAUAAUUGUCCCA